CGCGCGCCAGUGACGCAACGCGCCAACGUCAUCACCCGCGCGUCUGGCGGGAAUCCGUCGCGUCUCGCGGAGCGUCAACAGACCCAGAAGAGUUAGUCUGUCGUUCUUUGGAUCGUAAAGCGUUUUAUUCGGGUCUGUCUUCGCGUCAGAGUCAGGAGGAGAAAUGCAGGCGUUUUUGAAAGGAUCUUCAUCACAGAGUGUUAAAGCUCAGAAACCACCUUCAUCUUCUUCAUCUUCAUCAUCAUCAGGAGAGAAGAAGCAGAAGGCCUUGCCCUGGGUGGAGAAAUACCGGCCGAAGUGUGUGGAUGAAGUGGCCUUCCAGGAGGAGGUGGUGGCCGUCCUGAAGAAGUCUCUGGAGGGCGCUGAUCUCCCAAACCUGCUCUUCUACGGCCCUCCAGGAACCGGAAAGACCUCCACCAUCCUAGCAGCCGCCAGAGAGCUUUAUGGGCCGGAGCUGUACCGUCAGAGAGUUCUGGAGCUGAACGCGUCCGAUGAGCGAGGGAUUCAGGUGAUCCGAGAGAAGGUGAAGAGGUUCGCUCAGCUGACGGCGGCUGGGACGCGCUCCGACGGGAAGCCCUGUCCUCCGUUUAAGAUCAUCAUCCUGGACGAGGCGGACUCGAUGACCGGAGCGGCUCAGGCGGCUCUCAGGAGGACCAUGGAGAAGGAGUCUCGGACCACGCGCUUCUGUCUCAUCUGUAACUACGUGAGCCGGAUCAUCGAGCCGCUGACCUCCAGAUGCUCCAAGUUCCGCUUCAAACCGCUGGCCAACGACAUUCAGAAGGAGCGUCUGCUGGACAUCUGUGCCAAAGAGAAGCUCAAGUACAGCAAAGAGGGCAUCGAGGCUCUGGUGAGGGUCUCAGAGGGAGAUCUCAGGAAAGCCAUCACGUAUCUCCAGAGCGCUUCCAGACUCACCACGGAGCAGGAGAUCACGGAGCAGGUCAUCAUCGAGAUCGCCGGGGUGGUUCCUCCGAAAGUGAUCGAGGCUCUCCUCCAGAUCUGCUCCAGAGGAACGUUUGAGAAGCUGGAGCUCGCUGUGAAGGACGCCAUCGAUCAGGGCUACGCCGCCACCAACGUCCUCAACCAGCUACACGACGUCGUCAUCGACGAGAAGCUGAGCGACAGGCAGAAGUCCGUCAUCACCGAGAAGAUGGCCGAGGUGGAUAAGUGUCUGGCGGACGGUGCAGACGAGUAUCUUCAGUUACUGAGUCUCUGCUCGGUCAUCAUGCAGCAGGCCACACACAACACCUGAGCGACCAAUCAGCUGCUCCGAUGCCCCUCAGCUGACCAAUCAGCACUGCCGCUGAUUCCACACACAGCUGCUUGGGCUGCUUUCAAGUUUUUGUACAUGUAAAGUUUGUAAUUAAAAACAGGUCUUUCUAA